AUGAGAGAUGUGGGGCUGCAGAAGAAGUUCCUCAGCCGAAAGAGGAUACCACUCAAAGACGUCCUCGACGAAGCAACAGCGGCUGAAACAUCUGAGAAAGCAGCCGCCACGAUGGUCAAAGCAAGAGGGAUCCACAAGAUCCACAAGUCGGGCCUGAGCUCUUCAGAUGACUCAACCACACAAACGGAGUCUGAGGAGGAAAUGGCUGUCUACAAGCCAGGCACAGCCAUAGGAAAUGCUGACGCACUCAGCAGAUGCCCAUCGAAGAAUCCAGUCGAAGACCCAGCCCCCACGCUCCACCUAUUCCACAUAGACGACGACGCCAGCUGUCCAGUCUCAUCCGCAGAUGUGGCCGUUCACACCCAAAAGGACCCCACACUCCGCCAAGUGAAGUCCUGGAUCCUCAGAGGGUGGCCAUCGGAAAAGACGGAGGAGAGGUUCAGCCCAUUCGCCAGGAAACAGAAGGAGCUGUCCACCAUCAAGGGCUGUCUGCUAUGGGGAGACAGGGUGCUGAUUCCAAGCACUCUGCAACGGCGGACGUUAGAGACUCUGCACAAAGGGCAUCCGGGCAUCGUCCGCAUGAAGGCCCUGGCACGGAGUUACGUCUGGUGGCCCUCCAUGGACAGAGACAUUGAGCAAUGGGUCUCCAGAUGUGACCCGUGCCAAGAAGUUCGCCCAGCGCUGCCACAAUCCGAAGUCGCGAAGUGGGAGACCCCCAGCAACCCCUGGUCGAGGAUCCACAUCGACUUCGCGGGUCCGAUGCAGGGGCGACACCUCCUCAUCGUGGUAGAUGCCUUCUCCAAAUGGCUCGAGGUGGUGCCCAUGGCAUCUACCACAACAGAAGCGAUGAUCCGAGCCCUGCGCCGUCUGUUCGCCACACAUGGACUACCGGACGUGCUGGUCUCGGACAACGGCCCCCAGCUCACAUCCCUGGCCAUGGAGUCCUUCCUGGCAGGACUGGGCAUCCGCCACGCCCUGUCUGCCCCAUACAGGCCGGCCGGAAACGGACAAGCUGAACGCAUGGUCAGACUCACCAAAGAAGCCCUCACCAAGAUGGGCCCGGGGGACUGGCAAGAACGCAUAGACAGCUUCCUCCUCACCCAGCACAUCACGCCACAUGCCACCACCCACAAGAGCCCGGCCGAACUACUAAUGGGCAGAAGGUUGAGGUCACCCCUGGACCGGCUGCACCCCCAAUACAGCCCGGAAGUGACCGCAACCGCCAGCCGCCCGCUUCGCGCCUUCAGCAAGGGAGAUUCAGUUUUUGCGCUGAAUUUCAACGGCUGUCCUAAGUGGCUGAAGGGGAAGAUUGCCAGCACAACCGGCCCCAAAUCCUACACCGUCGAGUUGGAAGAUGGACAGGUCUGUAGACGCCACAUCGACCAACUCCGGAAAAGGUGGGGGGGAGCACACGAAAACCAGCCUGAUGAGGGAGGCCUACAACACCCAGACGAGGUAGGCCUCCAACACCCCGGCGAGGUAGGCCUACGACACCCCGACGAGGUAGGCCCGGCUCACUACCAGGUGUGGUCCAUCACAUUCUUGAAUGAGUCCGAGCACUUCGAAAUAAAAGAUGUGUAG